CGGACCGCGCUCAGUUACGAGCGGACCUCUGACGGGAGCGGAACUUGAAAAAAGUCCCGCCCAACAGCCAGAACAGAGAUGAUCUUCUCGCGGAUCAGGAAUUUAGUGGCAGCGCUGUGCUGUCUGUUCGUUGUGAGUAGUUUGUUAGUGAGCAAUGUAGACUGUGCAAAAAAGGCUGCCCCAAGUCCCGAAGACGCCACGAUCGAGGAAGUCUCGGCGAAACAGUUGGAACGGAUACUAGAGGAUAAGGAUUACGUCGCGGUGUAUUGGUAUGCCCGCAGUUGUACGACAUGCGACACAGUAUUAGCCGAACUCGAGCACAUUGACGAUGACACCGACUCGUUCGGUGUCGACUUUGUCAAAAUCAACGAUAAACGACUAGCAAAACAGUAUGGCAUCACGAAAUUCCCCGCCCUCACCUACUUCAGAGAGAAGGAACCCAUCAUCUACGAAGGUGACCUAAUGGAUGAGGCUGGCGUACUGGACUUCCUCACUUCCCUCGAAGCGAUGGACCUGCCCGACCGGAUCGAGGAGGUCAACUCUAAAAUUCUGUCUAAGAUCAUCGAGGACUCCGACUACGUAGCCGUUCUCUUCUGCAUAAAUCACGAAAACUGUCCACCAGGAAACAACAAUAAGCCCGAAUGCAAGAAAUGCAUUAAGGCUUUGCAGGAGCUGGAAAACAUCGACGACGAAGCCGAUGAAUUGGACAUUGGCUUCGUAAAGAUCCACGAUGAAGCUCUUGCUGAGGAGUAUAACCUUGGACCACUGCCAAAGUUGGUGUACUACCGGCACCAGACUCCAAUCGUGUACGAGCACGAGCUUCAAAGAGAGGAGGAUGUACUGGAAUGGUUGAUAGAGAACAAAGCCACCGGGGAUGAAGACGACGUGAUCGAGGAAGUCAACGCCAAAACCCUGAAAACUUUGAUAGCAAACAUCGACAAUCUGGUCGUUUUGUUCUAUGAUGAAGGAGACGAAGAGUCGGAAAAGGUGCUGCAAGAGUUGGAAAACAUCGAUGACGAUUGCGCCAAGCAUGGCAUUCAGUUCGUGAGGAUUGACGACGCGAAGGUGUCCAAGGAGUACGGCAUCGAUGACAUCCCGGCAAUUGUCUAUUUCGAGAAGGAGAUUCCAAACGUCUACGAUGACGAUCUAAGCGACGAAGAUGAGAUCCUGAAAUGGCUUCUGUCGCAACUGGAGAAAGACGAAAUCGAGGAUGUCACCGACGAAAUGCUGGACAAACUCGUCAAAGAGGGCAAAUCGGUCGCUGUUUUGUUCUACGACAACAAUGACAAGAAGUCGGAGAAGAUCCUGAACGAACUGGAAAACAUUGACGACGAGUGCGACCAGCUGGGUAUCAACUUCGUCAAGAUGGACAAUAUCGAGGAAGCUAAGGAUUACGGCGUAACCAAGUUCCCCAAGCUUGUCUACUUCGAGCAGGGUGUUCCGACUGUGUUCGAGGGAGAUAUGGAGGACGAGGAAGAAGUGCUGGAAUGGCUCGAACGUCAGACUAACUCGGAUGAAAUCGAAGACGUCACCGAUGAAAUGCUGGACAUGAUCGUCGAGAAAAUGGCUCAUGUCGCUGUGCUGUUCUACGAUAAGGAUUCCAAAGCCUCCCAGAAGGUACUAGCCGAGUUGGAAAACAUCGACGACGAGUGUGACCAGAACGACAUUGCCUUUGUCAAGAUCGAUGACGAUAAUGAGGCUCGUGAGUGGGGCAUCGACGAACUGCCAACUAUGAUCCUUUUCGAACGCGGCAUUCCACACAUAUACGAAGGAGAUCUGAUGAAGGAAGAAGAGCUGUUGGGCUGGUUGGUGCAUCAGAAGAGACAUUCGGAAAUUCCAGAAAUUACCGAUGAAAUGAAGGACAAGCUAAUGCGUACCUACGAUCAUGUUGCGAUUAUCUUCUACGAUAAAGAUGACAAACAGGACAUCCGUGUACUGAACGAGCUGGAGAACAUUGACGAUGAGCUCGAGAAGGAAGAGAUCGUGAUCGCUCGUUUGGACAAUGCCGAGGAAGCUCGUGAGUAUGGUUUAGAUCACCUGCCGGCACUGGUGUACUUCGAGAAUGAAAUUCCUGCGAUAUACGAGGGUGACCUUAUGAAUGAGGAGGAGGUUCUCGAGUGGCUUAAACUGCAAAAGUACUCCGCCACGAUUGAGGAAGUUACCGACGAGAUUCUGCAGGAUCUUAUCGAGGAUCACGAGUAUGUGUGCGUUUACUUCAGCGGACCAUGUGAGGAAGGUGAGAAAUGCGAUAAGAUCCUGGACGAUUUGGAGAACAUCGACGAUGAGUUGGACGAGGCCGGUAUCAUCUUUGUUACCACCGAAGAUACGCUCACUGCCAAAAAGUACAACGUCAAAACACUGCCUGCAUUGUUGUUCUUCCGCAACAAGGAUCCGUUGGUCUUCUCCGGCGAUCUCAACGAUGAGGACGAAGUUCUGGCUUGGCUGACUGACGAAGAAACUCUGGAGAUCCCCGGGAAGAUUGAGGAGGUCAACAUUAAAAUGUUGGAGAAGAUUUUGUCGGAGAACGAUCAUGUCGUUGUGUUCUUCUAUCACGAUGAUGACAAGAAGUCACUGAAAAUCAUUAACGAGCUGGAAAACAUUGACGAUGAGUGCGAGGAAAAAGAUAUCGACUUCGUCAAGACCUCGGAUGAUGAUAUCGACAAAGAGUACGAUCUGGAAACACUGCCAGCGUUAGUGUUCUAUCGUCACAAAUUCCGUACCAUCUACACGGGCGAUAUGAUGAAAGAGGAGCAGAUUCUGGAAUGGGUGCUACAGCAGUACGAAUCGAAGCCGGAAGUGAUCGAAUCGGUUGACCGCAAGACUCUGCAAGUGCUUGUCAACGAGGUAGAACACUUGGCUGUUCUGUUCUAUGAUGAUGACUGCGAAACCUGUCCAAAGAUUUUGGAAAAACUGGAAACGAUCGACGAUGACACGGACAAGCACAACAUUCAGUUCGUGAAGGCUAACGACGAGAAGUUGGCUCACGAGAUCGGUAUUUUCUCAUUCCCGGCUCUGGUUUACUACGAAACAGGGGUCCCGAUUAUGUAUGAUGGUGACUUGAUGAACGAGUAUGACGUGGUAGACUGGAUAGCGGACCAGAAAACAGAUGAAAGUAUCGCCGAAGUGGAUCGUGAUGAUCUUCUUAAAUACAUCGAAACCAAAGACUUCCUAGCUGUAGUAUUCUAUCUGGAAGACGACGAAAACAGCCCCAAGAUACUGCGGCACAUUGAGCUGAUAGAUGACGAAGCGUCCGACUACGGCAUUCUGCUGGUUAAGUGUUCGGAUCGAUUGAUGGCCAAGAAGUUCGGCUUCCGAAAUCCCCCCGGAGUUACGUACUUCCGCAAGGGUAAAGCGAUCAACUACGACGGUGAUAUCGAUGAUGAAGAGGAACUGCUAGAUUGGUUAACGAACCCGCAGAACAUGGAAAUGACAGAUCACAUCGAGAAAGUUAACCGAAAAAUGUUCCAAAAAAUACGACAGGCUUCGGAUUAUCUUGCUGUGUUCUUCUAUAGCGACGAUUGCAAGCAGUGUCCCCGCGUUCUGGCCGAAAUCGAACAUAUUGAUGAUGAAGCCGAUGGAGCCGGUAUCAACUUUGUCAAGAUCGAUGACAAACAGAUGGCCAAAGACUUGGGAGUAUACGCCCUGCCCGGUAUUGUAUUCUUCAAACUCGGUUCGAAAGAUCCGGUCAUCUUCGCUGGAGACUUGAACGACGAGAACGAAAUUCUAAACUGGUUGAUGACGCAGAAAAACCCUGGCGGAGACAUUAUCGAAGAUUUGAACGGAUUGAAACUGCUGAAGCUGAUCGAGGAAUCUAGCUCCUUGGCAGUCUAUUUUUGGAACAAGACAACUUGCGAUAUUUGCAAUUCAAAACUUGCUAAGAAACAGCGGAAGGUGAAGGAGCGUAGGAGCUUGUUGCGCGACAUUGUAGCGGAGGCAAAUGAGGAAGUAGCCACUGAGGAACCACCUGCACCUGAACCUACAGCAGCACCCGAUUCAGCAGAGGACACCGAUACUUGCGAGCAAUGUUCCGGAGUACUAGAGUCACUGGAAAAUAUCGAUGAUGAUUGUGAUCGUCACGGAAUUAUGUUUGUCAAAACCGAUGACUUCACCAUUGCGGAACACUACGGAAUCUUUGAAUAUCCGGUGAUGGUCUAUUUCGAGGACAACAUUCCUAACGUGUUUGAAGGUUCGUUGGACGAGGAAGAAGAAGUACUCCAAUGGUUGAUCACGCAAAAGACCGAAGAUCGGAUAGAGCUGAUCACGCGGGUGAUGCUGGAAUCCAUGGUGGAGGAAACCCAGUACCUUGCAGUAUAUUUCUAUAAAAACAAAUCACCUUCCUACUGCCGAAGUUUUUGUUCAGCUGAGAACAUUCGUAAGCGACAGGAAAUGACUAGGGUGGGCAUAUCAGACAAGAUCAACUGCAACAUCUGCGACCAGAUCCUCGAAGGGCUGGAAGUCAUCGACGACGAACUGGACGUGUUCGGUAUCCACAUGGUUAAAAUCCAGGAUCCACAGUUGGCCAAACGAUACUCGAUCAAGACCUUCCCUGCGUUGGUGUAUUUCAGAAAUGGGAAUCCGCUGAUCUACGAAGGUGACCUGCAGAGUGAGCAAUCCGUACUGGAAUGGUUGAUCGAUGAUGAGAAUCGAGAGUUGGCCGAUGAAAUCGAAGAAGUUAACGAGCGCAUGCUGGACAGACUAAUGGAACAGUCGCCUCUUCUCUGUGUGUUCUACUAUGACGAGGACUGUCAGGAGUGUGAGGACAUACUUGAAGAAUUGGAGCUUAUCGAUGGAGAAGUUGAUCUGUACGGCAUCGACUUUGUGAAAGUUGCUAGUCUGGAUGCUGCUCACAAGUAUGGAGUAACUACGAUUCCUUCUCUGGUUUACUACAGAAAACAAAUUCCAAUGCUGUACGAUGGAGAUCUCCACGACCAUGCACGUGUGAUGAAUUGGUUGACGUCUCAAGACGUGUUCGAAAUCAAAAAUGAAAUUGAGGAGGUCAAUAGGAAAAUGCUAAACAAACUGUUGGAUGAAAACGAUUUCUUAGCCAUCUACUUCUACGAGGAAGACCACGCCGAGAGUGAAGCCGUACUGGAAAAACUCGAACUUAUCGACAGUGAAACUGACAACCUGGAUAUCACCUUCGUCAAGAUGGGUGAUCCACGGUACGCACGCAAGUGGGGCGUCACGAAGCUGCCAGCUAUCGUGUACUUCCGGAAGCGAUUUCCCAGCAUCUACCGUGGGGACUUGUACGAUGAACAGGACGUGCUCGAUUGGCUGCGGAAGAAUCGUUUCCGCCAGCCGGAGCUCAACGUGCUGAUGUACGGAUGCAUUGCAAUUGCCCUGGGAUUCGUCAUCUAUACCGCAUUUUUGCUGCAAUGCUUCAAACCUGCACCUCCGGCGCCAGUGCAACAUCCCAAACAGAAUUAGGAACCUUCGCUAUUCCCAUCCUCCCCCAACAUCACCCGGUCCUAUGACAGACUAAGCUGUUGCAAGACAUUUUUCAAUAAUUUAUAGUAUAGAUAAAAACAAAAUACCAUUUUGGAGAUUAUGUCAUUGAAAAAAAUGUUAAGAUGGAAUAAAUAUUAUUUCACAAAUGCAAUACGUUGAAAAUAAUUUUUCAUUAAAAUAAAAGCACUCGACAAUCAUUCGAAUAAUCGUGCAGAAGCCAUAGCAAAUCAUUUGUCGUUAGUAUUUGAAUAAAGAAAACGGUUAGUUGAAAUUUUCAUUGUGUAGAUAAAAACAAAACUUGAAACUUGUUAAAAUUGAAACCAUGCAUUUUUAUGUAAACGUACUGUACUGAUAAGAAAGAAAGAUGCGAAACUUUAAUAUUAAGUGAUGAUAAAUAUUUUGAACAUGCGGAGGAAAGACCGAACCGCACUAGUUAGAGCCGUAUCGUAACAUGAAACGAUCAAAUCGAAACAAAUAAAAUUAAACAGACGAGCGAUAAAACCUAACCAAAAUCAAAUCCUCUUAUUUUGCUCCUUUUCGAAGACACAGAACACCUUUCCAGCGUUCGUCCUCAGCUGUUCUUCUAAAAACCCCGUAGAAGAUUCAAUCGGUUUCACUUAACAAAGCCACGGGAACGUAAAUCUUUGUAAAUAUCAUUCAUCAAAUUUGCAAUCUAACCAUAUACUGCACUUCAUAUUUACAUUUUUGUACUUUUAAACCAUUGAUUGUCGUUCCCUCAAAGCCAUACACUGUAAAUAUGAAAAUAUAAUCUGUAAAAAUCAAUAUAAGUUUGUUAAGUUAUUAUUAUUUGUUCUGACAGUGAAACUAAGAAAAUAAAAUUCUCUGUUGAUUUUUCGAUA